AUGUUCAUGUUCAUGGAUGUGACUUACUGCUUUAUUUAUUUAUAUUUCUUUUCAGGGAGCUUUCCCUAUUUUCCUUUCUUGUACACCUGCCCCAGGUCCUCCCAUUUCUGUCGUCCCUUUCAUUCUCAAGGUCACUGCAACCGUCAGUGUCCCCUAGCACUGGGAACGCUACACGUGGUAUUCCGUGUGUACUGUCUGACCUACGUGUGUGCGUGUGUCUGGGCUGUUCAGGUACAGAGGUUAUUUUGGCUACAGCAUGUACACAGUCACCCUCCCUCUUAUGUGGACAGGCUCUCAUCUCUUCUGUCCACCUCUCUGGCUUUAGAGGAGCUCCCACUUGUCUUCACUCAAACACGUUGCCAAGAUCUACUUCUGGCCUUCCCCAAAAUGAGGACAACCCCCUGUCAUCAUGUUGGGCAUUUCUUUUCUGAAUUGGCCGGCAAUGGAAAGGAGGGCUUCUGA